GCUUAAGCUGAUAUGCGCAUGCGUAUUAAUGUGGCGUACGACAACAUCCCUGCGGCUGCGAGUUGAAGUGUUUGGUCAAUUAGCUUGUCACGAUGUAGCUUUUGUUGUUUGUGAAUAUUUAGCCCAUUGAAAAUAUUAUUAAUUUAAAAGGAAGUUAAAUGUUUUGCUAUGAAGCUAACACGGAAACUGGUUCUUGCUAAAGCGAAGGCCUCCGACUUGGAGAGCGUGAAAAAACUGAACUGCUGGGGAUGCAACUUGACUGAUAUUUCUAUCUUCGCUCAGAUGCCAAACAUUGAAGUGCUGACACUGAGUGUCAACAGCAUCUCGUCUCUCUCUCCUCUGGCUGGCUGUCUGUCUCUGAGUGAACUCUACCUGAGAAGGAACAUGAUCCCCUCGCUCUCUGAGCUCUCUCACCUGAGACCGUUAACUCGUCUCAGAGUGCUUUGGCUAGCUGAGAACCCGUGCUGUGGAACUGAUGCCACCCAGUAUCGCCUCACAGUGCUUCGCUGCCUCCCUCGUCUCCAGAAACUCGAUAACCAAGUAGUGACAGAUGAUGAAAUUUCACUGGCUCUCAUGGAAGGUGAAGAGGUCACAACACCCCCAGGUAGUAUCCAGAACCAGCAUACAACCAACGGACUUCAGGAUGCAGAGACAGAGAACGACCCUCUAAACUACAACAUGGAGGAGACAAACAAAAUCAGAGAAGAGCUGGGAAUGAAGCCACUUUCCAGAGACAAGUUCUCUUCCCUUUCCUCUCCAUCAACCAGAGAAAGCAAACCAAUCAAAAAGUCGCACGCUCUUGAUGCCGUUUUGCUGCUGCUGAAAGAUUUGGAUGAAGAGGAGCUUCAUGUUGUACACACCGCCACACAGAACAGACUUCAGAUGUACACACUGGACUCAGAAAGGCUUACAAAGACAGAGCAAACACAGAAAACAGCUGAAAUCCAACAUUGAUACAUUUCACAGCAUGCACUCAGGGCUAACCCCAUCCUUCUACAUUUAACACCAAGCUCAGGUUCAUAAAAGGUGCCCACUUUGUCCCAUUAACAUCUGCCUGCAAUAUGCAUGGCAUAUGACUACUUCAGUUCCAGCUUUCAUGUGUGGACUCAUCAGUUCCCCUGCUGUUUUUUUAUAGCUGCAUGCCUUAUCGCUUUGUAAGAACAAAAGAUUAUGUUUUGCUAAAUGUAAAUCUAUUUCUGUAAAGAAAAUAAACAGCAAUGCAUUAA